ACAGCUGUCGAUCUGGCUGCAGCUGGUGUUAUUUUUGACUUCGCAUGGUCCGAUAAAUCACCCAAAGUGCCCCUACUGCCCUUAACUUGGCUGCUUUCUUUCUAUGGCGGUACUGACAACCUCCCACGCCCCCAAUCACCAAUAGAGGUCAUCUCUUUACGAGUAAGACAAUCAAGAUGGCCGUUUUCCCGAAGCGCAAGUUCGUUGGCGCAGCGGACGCGAACAAGUUUGGCGUUCGCUAUAGGGCAUUGAUGGCGAAGCACCCAUUCCUGCUCUUUGGGUUGCCAUUCAUGACGGUCAUAAUUGGCGGUUCCUUUGUCCUGACGCCUGCGGCCGCCAUACGGUACGAGAGACAGGACAGGAAGGUUCGGCAGAUGACUCGGGAAGAAGAGCUUGGUGUCGGGAAGACUGGGCGCAAGGUCGAUAUUCGUGAGGAAUACUACCGCCUAGCAUCCAAGGACCUCGACGAUUGGGAGCAGAAACGGGUCAAGAGGCUUCGGGGAGAAAGCGAUGGCGUGUUAUGAACGGGGAGUUGGUUAAUCACGUGCUUCAUCCUGAAUGGAGGAUAUCUCGCGGCCGCUUCUGAAUCGCCGUUGUCCAGUCGAAUAUCAUUCGCGCCUUCGUCCUUCGC